AUGUUAUCCAUUAUUAAAUUUUAAUUUUCAAGAAGAAAAGAACACUUGGAGUAGUUUGAAAAAGAAGAAGCAUUAAGACUAAGAGAAAGAUAUUAAUAAACUAAAGUAUAGCACUCUGUAGUGUCAGAUUUCUUAAAAAUUAUCAGAUGGAAAGUAUUGAAAUCUGCAAUUUUUGCUUUUGGUGUAUUUUUUGCAUAUUAAAUGUAUGAUACAGCAGAUAUCUACUAUGAUUAAAAGCUCAAGAUUUUACCAUUAAAAACAAAACAUGAAAGGUCCUUAGCAAACGCCACAAUUACUUUAUUGAAAUUAGAAUAAAAUUUAGAAAUUGAUUGUGAGUUAGAAGAUAAAGUCAAGCCGUAUUCUUUAUUUGUUUUAGAUGAAAAUUAUCCAAUUUUUAAUCUUCUUCCUAAUGAUGUCUUAAUUGCCAAUAAAAAAUUGUUGCAAUAAAUUAGCCCUUAAUAAAUUUAAUAGUUAAUUUAAUUUUGCAAAACUCAUAAAGAAAUGAGAACUUCUUGUAAUUUAUUGGAUUUAAAAUAUAUACCUACAUUAACAUUUAUGAAACUAAGAAAUUUUAUGAAUUUAAAGGAUAUGAAUUAAAUCAUUUUGGCUAGAGAAUAUUUCUUUCUACCAAUACCAGAAGAAUUUGAAAUAAAAAAUGAAGAAAUAGCAAUAUUAAUGAAAAAAUAUUAAAAUGUUGAAUAGGGACCAUUAUCUUUUAUUUUAUAACAUUAAUAUAUUUUAUGA